GCUUGCGCUGACGUAUAUUUUGUGCGUCGGUACAUGUUAUGAUUCAGCCGGUAAAUCACGGUACAAAGGUUGAAAUUCCCAGAUAAGCUUGCAGAAAACCAUGAAUCGAUCGUUUUCAGUAAAAGAUACACGAUACGAUGAUUUGAAGUUUGUGUGUGUCCACGAUUUGGUCAAGGGCUAGCCACCGUUUCUAUUGCCGAAACUGUUAGAUUGCUAAUAUCAGCUAAUGUCAAUAACAAAAAACAAAAAAAAGUUAACGUGUUAAGUGGAGCUAGAUUCAAUGCGCUAUUGCAGACAUGAACAGUGAAAACGUUUCUAUUUGUGAGAAGAUUGUGUCAUCUUCAUACAUACGUCAGGGAUCUCAGGCUCGUCGGAGUCAUGAACAGCUAAUACGAGUGCUGCUAGAGCAGGGAAAGUGUCCUGAGGAAGGAUGGAGUGAGAGCACCAUAGAACUCUUUCUGAGUGAACUGGCGGUGAUGGACAGCAACAACUUCCUGGGUAACUGUGGGGUCGGCGAGAGGGAAGGGAGAGUGGCUUCUAGCCUAGUUGCCAGAAGACAUUACAGACUUAUUCAUGGAAUAGGCCGCUCUGGAGACAUUGCUGCCGUACAGCCCAAGGCUGCAGGCUCCAGUCUUCUCAACAAGCUGACCAACUCAGUAGUGCUGGACAUUAUAAAAGUAGCAGGUGUGCGGAGCGUGGCUAGUUGUUUUGUGGUCCCCAUGGCAACGGGAAUGAGCCUUACACUCUGCUUCCUGACCCUGAGGCACAAGAGACCCCAAGCUCGUUAUAUCAUCUGGCCUCGCAUUGACCAGAAGUCCUGCUUCAAAGCCAUGAUAACUGCAGGGUUUGAACCGGUGGUGGUUGAGAAUGUUCUGGAGGGAGAUGAGCUGCGCACAGACCUUGAGGCAGUGAAGAGGAAGAUUGAGGAGCUGGGUGCUGAGAACAUCCUGUGUGUGCACUCCACCACUUCCUGCUUUGCCCCUCGUGUCCCCGACAGGUUGGAAGAGUUGGCAGAGAUGUGUGCCAAACAUCACAUCCCUCACAUAGUCAACAAUGCAUAUGGGGUACAGUCGUCUAAGUGUAUGCACCUCAUUGAACAGGGGGCACGUGUUGGAAGGAUAGAUGCCUUUGUUCAAAGCCUGGACAAAAACUUCAUGGUUCCAGUAGGUGGCGCCAUCAUCGCUGGUUUUGAUCAGUCCUUCAUCCAGGAAAUCAGCCGAAUGUACCCCGGCCGAGCUUCGGCAGCCCCCUCCCUGGACGUGCUCAUCACCCUCCUCACCUUGGGCGCCAGCGGCUACAGGAAACUGCUGAGGGAACGCAAGGAGAUGUACGGCCACCUGGCGCAGGAGCUGCGGAGGCUGGCCGAGGCGCACGGGGAGAAGCUGCUGAGCACGCCGCACAACCCCAUAUCGCUGGCCAUGUCUCUGGACAGCCUCCAGGACCGUAGCGACAGAGCCGUGACACAGCUGGGCUCCAUGCUGUUCACCAGACAGGUGUCUGGAGCCAGGGUUGUGCCCCUGGGGAACGAGCAGGUGGUGAGCGGGUACACCUUCAAGGGGUUCAUGUCCCACUCGGAAGCGUACCCACACCCGUACCUGAACGCCGCCUCCGCCAUCGGCAUCACCCGGGACGACGUGACGCUGUGCAUGAAGAGGCUGGACAAGUGCCUGAAGAGCCUGAGAAAGGAGGCCGGCUCAGAGGAGACCAGCACAGCACCCCCUGCUGGGGAGAAUGAUUCUGCAGCAGAGUGAAUAGGUAGCACUCAAAGGGCCCGAUUUACUGUGCUCAUUAGCUUGUGCCAAACAUUUUAGCACAUGCAAAGCCAAUAACAUGACCGAUGAUUGGUCACAGUAUUUGUUUUGCACCAGUCAUUGGUUGUGUUAUUAGCUUUGCGUGUGCUAAAACGUUUCGCGUAUGUUAAAGGUCUUAAAUCAGGCCCAAAGCCUUAAGCAGUGCAUGCUUCCAUUUGUGGGCGGGGCUCGCUGCAAGACAACUCGGCCUAAGUCAGUAUAUCCUUCUUCAUGAACUGCCUGACUGCUGAGGUGUACACAGAGUUUGUAUUCUUGGUAGUUAAACCAUUUUCUGCAAAGCUCUGACCUUUUAACUGUGCCUUUAGUCUCUUUACCAAAUGAGAAAACCAUUCCUGGUGUGAUUAUUGCUGAAAAUGUAAAAUGCUGCCUGUGGCAAUAUGGACGAUGCUCUGAGCCUUGAAUGUGUUUUCGCUGAAUAAAUGCUAAUUUCCUCUAAA